GGGGCGGGUCAAGGGAGCGCGAGAGCGCGCGCGGGGAAAGGGAGCUCAUGAACCCGGCCCGGAGGGCGCGAGUGCGCGUGGCCGGAGCAUGAGCGGUCGUCGAGUGUGAGGCCUCGGGCCGGGACCCGGUUCCCCUGCUCUGUGGGGAACCGGGGGCAAGCGAUGGUGCGGGACAGCCGGCGGGAUGGAAGCUUCGACGCUGCCGCUGAGACGCGGCUAGUCCGCCGCCUCGGUUCCCGCCUGUUGCCGCUGCUGUUGCUGCUGCUCCUGCUGCUGCUCCCUCCCGCGAGCUCCGAAAGCCAGAAGGGCCCGUUCCAGGCACCCAUUCCAGCCACGGGACCGGGCCUCAGUGUUUAUAUGAGUCAAGAAGAGGUCCUGCGCCUUAUCGGUAUUGAUGCAGAACUUUAUUAUGUGAGAAAUGACCUUAUCAAUCACUUCGCUUUGUCAUUUAAUCUACAAGUACCAGUAGAGACAAACAACCUUCAUUUCACUUGGCAUGCAAAGUCUAAGAUUGAAUAUAAACUGGGAUUUCAAGUAGAUAAUCUGUUGGCUAUGGAUAUGCCACAGGUAAAUAUUUCUGAACAAGGAGAAGUUCCUCGAACUUUAUCAGUAUUUCGGAUGGAACUGUCUUGUACUGGCAAGUUAGACUUUGAUGUUACAGUACUAAUGCAACUCAACAUGACUGUUAAUACUUCUAAAAAUAUCACAGUAUUAAAUUUCAAACGGAGGAAAAUGUGUCAUAAAAAACUUGAUUUGGAAGUAAAGUUGCCAAUAUUAGACAAAAAUAACACUAAAGCCAUUUUUGAUCCUGUAAAUGCAGCUCCCACCACUUCUACACGUGUGUUUUAUAUCAGUGUUGGAGUUUGCUGUGCGGUCAUAUUUCUGGUAGCAAUAAUACUAGCUGUUUUGCAUCUUCACAGUAUGAAAAGAAUAGAAUUAGAAGACAGCAGCAUUAGUAACAGCAGUAGUUCUCAAGGUUUAUCCCAGCCUUCAACUCAAACAACCCAGUAUCUGAGAGCUGACACACCUAAUAAUGCUACACCAAUUACUAGUUCCUCAGGUUAUCCUACUCUACGGAUAGAGAAGAAUGACCUUAAAAGUGUAACUUUGAUGGAGGCGAAAGCUAAAGUGAAGGAUAUAGCAAUCUCCAGAGAGAGGAUAACACUGAAAGAUGUUCUUCAGGAAGGCACAUUUGGUCGAAUUUUCCAUGGUAUUCUAAUAGAAGAGAAAGAUCCUAGUAAAGAAAAACAAGUCUUUGUUAAAACAGUAAAAGAUCAAGCUUCGGAAAUUCAAAUAACAAUGAUGCUGACAGAAAGCAGUAAACUCAGAGGCCUUCACCACAGAAAUCUACUCCCAAUUACUCACGUUUGCAUAGAGGAAGGAGAAAAACCAAUGGUGCUGUUGCCUUACAUGAACUGGGGGAAUCUCAAGCUUUUCUUGCGACAAUGCAAACUUGUAGAAGCUAAUAACCCACAGGCAAUUUCUCAACAAGACCUUGUACAUAUGGCAAUUCAAAUUGCCUGUGGAAUGAGCUAUUUGGCCCGAAGAGAAGUUAUUCACAAAGACUUGGCUGCUAGAAACUGUGUCAUUGAUGAUGCACUUCAGGUAAAGAUUACAGAUAAUGCUCUGUCCAGAGACUUAUUUCCAAUGGAUUAUCAUUGCCUUGGAGAUAAUGAAAACAGACCAGUGCGUUGGAUGGCUCUUGAAAGCUUGGUUAACAAUGAAUUUUCUGGUGCUAGUGAUGUGUGGUCUUUUGGGGUGACCUUAUGGGAAUUAAUGACUUUAGGACAAACUCCAUAUGUAGAUAUUGAUCCCUUUGAGAUGGCUGCCUAUCUAAAGGAUGGAUACAGAAUAGCUCAACCAAUCAACUGUCCCGAUGAAUUAUUUGCUGUGAUGGCUUGUUGCUGGGCACUAGAUCCUGAGGAGAGACCUAAAUUCCAGCAGCUGGUGCAGUGUCUCACUGAAUUUCAUGCAGCCUUGGGAGCUUAUGUCUGACAAUCAACAUUUGACUUAAAAAACAUUGCUGCAUUCACAGAGAAAACAUUGCCAUCUAUUUAUGCAACUGUAACCUCUAUCUUAAAAUACCUGGAAGAAAAUUCUAUUAAUUUUUGUGGAGUCUUUGCGUAAUAUCAACAUCAGAAAUUCAACAUACUACGCAGUAGCUUCAGUAGAGGAUCUUUUUCCAAAAUCACUGUGCCUUAAAAGAGAUAACCUAUCCUGGGGAAGAUUUGGGGAUUAUUCAAAAUGACAAUUGUUUGAAAAAUAAACUCUUCCAAUUUCCAAAACAAUUCAUGUAAAUGAGUUGACAAAAAUAUAAGGUUAAUUUUGGCACUGUUAAAGUAGAUGCGAAACUCAAGGAAAUAGCUAAGAAAUGGGAGAUGUCUGUUU